CCUUCGUUAACGUGCACAUAGACCAUUAGACGAUCUAUCUAUUUCUUAUAAUGUCGUCCAUCGAAGAUCACGAAUUACCAAAAGCCAAUGUUACUAGAGUAUUAAAACAUGCUUUACCUCCUGGAACUGCUUUACAAAAAAAUGCCAAACUAGCCGUUAGUAAAGCAUCUACUGUAUUUAUUAAUUAUAUCACUUCGCUUGCUCAUGAUGCUGCCAAAAGUAACAACCACAAGACGAUCACACCAGUUGAUGUUAUGAAAGCGAUGGAAAUAGCUGAAUUGGAUCACUUACUACCACAACUGAAAGAACGACUACAAGAAUAUCAGACAUUACAAAAUGAAAAGAAACAACGAAGAAAGGAUAAGCAAAACGAUUCAGCGACAUCUGGAACAAAACGAGGGUUGGAGGAUGAAAACGGUGAACAGGACGAUCUGACAAAUGAACAAUCAGAACCAAGAAAGAAGGCUAAAGAUAGUGAUGAUCGGGAAAACAACAAUAAUGCAUCUGUAGAAACAACAACAACUGCAACAAAUAGUAAUAGUAUAGAACCUAUGGAAGAGUAGUUACAUAGUAUACAUUUUUUUUAUUAUUAUUAUGAUUUUAUUAUUAUUUUAUAUGCACAAAAAAUAAACAAUUGGUUUCAAAC